UGAUGUUCUUGGUGGGGAAGUGUUAGGCUGCUGCACCGCCGUCUAAGCAUGGCGUUGCAAGCACGUCUCUCUGGCUAAGCGUCUUACUUUCAUUUCGAAAGAUCCGUGAAAAAAGGACCACAGGAAACCAUGGAGCCGCAGAGGAAGCGCUUGAAACAUUCCGAUUGUGACUCUUGGGAAGCCGUUCCAGUUUUAUCCGACGCACAGUCAAAUGAUGUCGAGCUGGUCGAGGCCUUUGCCGCUCCUAUCCUCAACAAAAGGGAGACUUCGCGGUUGGUUCGCGAGCUGAGUGGAAUCUACCCUCUGAGCCAGCUACAGCACAUCAAGCGAGUUCGGGCAUGCAAGGAGAAAAACAGUCCUCACCCCCUGGAAGUCCUAUUGUGUCUCACUGCAGAAGCUCCAGACAGCGAGUUGGUCAGUAUCAAGUCAUUGCUGCCGCCAGAGGAAAUCAACCACGAUGGACUAGGGGAACCUUUUGUGGUAAAAGUUCCUGCAAGGGCCCCUCUGACCAGGCCCCAGUUUGAGAUAGCUAGCAAGUACUGGCCUACCUCUUUUCAUGAGGACAAGCACGUGACUGUUGCCCUGAGCGGAGAACUCUUCAGCACAGCCCAGAAGACCCGAAUGCACACGUACAUGUCGGCAGCUCUGGUGGCAGCCAAAGAGGCUAAAGGUCUGGGAAUGGAAGCAGUGGGUGCGGUGGUGGUUGAUCCAGCAACCGAGACUGUAAUCGCUGUAGGCCACGACUGUCGGACAGACCAUCCUCUUCAUCAUGCCGUCAUGGUGUGCAUAGACCUGGUGGCCCGGAGUCAGGGGGGCGGCUGCUACAGCUUUGACCAGUACCCUGCAUGUAGUUUUACCUCUGUGGCCUCAGACCCCAGUGCAGGAACGAGCGCUCUACCAUACAUCUGCACAGGUUAUGACAUCUAUGUGACCAGAGAGCCCUGCGUCAUGUGUGCCAUGGCGCUGCUACACUCCAGGAUCGGUCGAGUGUUCUACGGCUGCAGCUUCGUUGAUGGUGCCUUAGGCACCAAGUUUAAAAUCCACGCACAGAAGGAGCUGAAUCAUCGGUUUGAGGUGUUUAAAGGAGUAAUGGAAGGGCAGUGCCAGGAACUUUAUCAACAAGAAAAGGGCCCAUGAUUUGUGACAUCAAAACAUCAUGUUUUUGUAAGGAAUCGUUUAAAAUAAACUUUUUGCAUUACCCCGAACGACCAGUAGAUGGGGCUAUCGUGUUUAAAUUCCUCAUUUCAUGGGUGAAAAAUUUUUAUCUCACAUUUUCACCAAUUUAUAGAAGUCAACGUAACUGAUAUAUAAUAUAUAUUAUAUAUAUAUAAUAACAAUGAAACUUGGAAAU